UAAUGGUUAGGUUGUUAGAAAGUUAAUGGCUGGGGGAAAGGGAUCCUGUUCUUGCUUCAGGAGAGUUUCUGGAUUUUCUGAAGUAAUACUCUAAAAACAGUACAUCCCCAAAGGAAGUUUAGAAGCAUAAUACCUAAGUUGAAAUACAUAUUAUUUAAGGAAGUAUGCAGAAUGCUGUAGCCGGGACAGCAAUGUUGACGGACGGCUUCGAGGACGAGAUUGACUCGGUGACUCCGCGCUCCCCUGCGGUAGGGAUGGGGGUAGGAGCCACACCAGGAGCUGGACUCGGGGGCCUAGGGAUCGGUGUCGGCGGAAAGAAAGUCCGCUUGUUUGGCGAGGCCGGUGGGCCUACCGCAGACAGACUGGAUUUUAAGCUCGCUGCGGCUGCAGUGCUCUCCUCCGGCCCGGGAUCCGGCAGCGACGAAGACGAGGUUUCUGAGGUUGAGUCUUUCAUACUGGAUCAGGAGGACCUUGACAACCCCAUGCUGAAGACGGCCUCCGAGCUCCUGCUGUCCAGCGCAGCCGACGGCGCCGACCUGCGCACCGUCGACCCCGAGACGCAGGCCAGGCUGGAGGCCCUGCUGGAGGCCGCCGGCAUCGGUAAACUGUCCACCGCGGACGGUAAAGCCUUCGCAGAUCCCGAAGUGCUGCGCCGCCUGACGUCGUCGGUGAGCUGUGCGCUGGACGAGGCCGCCGCCGCCCUCACGCGCAUGAGGGCUGAGAACACGCUGCACCCCGGCCAGGCUGACAAUCUGGUUAUUUUUAGCCGUAGCUUGGCGGAGGCCUGCUCUGACGGGGAUGUCAAUGCCGUGCGGAAGCUGUUGGAUGAGGGCCGUAGCGUCAAUGAGCACACGGAGGAGGGCGAGAGCUUGCUGUGUCUGGCCUGCUCCGCGGGCUACUAUGAGCUGGCGCAGGUCCUGCUGGCCAUGCACGCCAAUGUGGAGGACCGUGGCAUCAAGGGAGAUAUAACUCCACUGAUGGCAGCUGCCAGCGGCGGCUAUGUGGACAUCGUGAAGCUGCUGCUUGUGCACGGGGCUGAUGUCAAUGCACAGUCAUCUACUGGUAACACGGCGCUGACUUAUGCGUGCGCCGGUGGCUUCGUUGAUGUGGUGAAGGUGCUCCUGAAGGAAGGUGCCAACAUUGAGGACCAUAACGAGAAUGGGCACACACCGCUGAUGGAGGCAGCGAGCGCUGGUCACGUGGAGGUGGCCCGCGUGCUGCUGGAGUACGGCGCUGGCAUCAACACGCACUCCAACGAGUUCAAGGAGAGCGCACUCACGCUGGCCUGCUACAAAGGACACCUGGAGAUGGUGCGCUUCUUGCUGGAAGCUGGUGCCGACCAGGAGCACAAGACAUUGAUGGAGGCUUGUAUGGAUGGGCAUGUGGAGGUGGCGCGCCUGCUCCUGGACAGCGGGGCGCAGGUGAACAUGCCGGCAGACUCAUUCGAGUCUCCGCUGACGCUGGCGGCCUGCGGGGGCCACGUGGAGCUGGCCGCUCUGCUCAUCGAGCGCGGGGCCAACCUGGAGGAGGUCAACGACGAGGGCUACACACCGCUGAUGGAGGCGGCCCGCGAAGGCCACGAAGAGAUGGUGGCGCUGCUGCUGGCCCAGGGGGCAAAUAUCAACGCACAGACGGAGGAGACCCAGGAGACGGCGCUGACGCUGGCCUGCUGCGGAGGCUUCCUGGAGGUGGCCGACUUCCUCAUCAAGACGGGCGCUGACAUCGAGCUGGGCUGCUCCACGCCGCUGAUGGAGGCCGCGCAGGAGGGUCACCUCGAGCUUGUCAAGUACCUGCUGGCCGCAGGGGCGAACGUGCAUGCCACCACAGCUACAGGAGACACGGCUCUGACGUACGCGUGCGAGAACGGCCACACCGAUGUGGCGGAUGUGCUGCUGCAGACCGGGGCUGACCUGGAGCAUGAAUCGGAGGGUGGCCGGACCCCCCUGAUGAAGGCAGCCAGGGCGGGACACUUGUGUACCGUCCAGUUCCUCAUCAGUAAAGGUGCCAACGUGAACCGUGCCACCGCCAACAAUGACCACACGGUGGUGUCGCUGGCCUGCGCGGGGGGCCACCUGGCCGUGGUAGAGCUACUACUGGCCCACGGGGCCGACCCCACCCACAGACUGAAGGACAGCUCCACCAUGCUCAUCGAAGCUGCUAAGGGCGGCCACACCAGUGUGGUCUCCUACCUCCUCGACUACCCCAACAACAUCCUGUCCGUCCCCGCGCCUGACCUGUCCCAGCUCACUCCCCCCUCUCAUGAUGCAUCUCAGGUUCCCCGAGUUCCAUUCCAGGCCCUGGCCAUGGUGGUCCCCCCACAGGAGCCCGACAGAGUCCCCUCCACCGUCAGCACCCCCCCACCCGUCACAAGCAAAGUCGCGUCCAAGCAGAGGUCGGGCCCCCUGCAGACGGGCACCGUGACGGCGGUGGCGGCGGACGCGGACACGCUGCCGCCCUUCCACGCCUACCAACCGCUGGAGUGCAUCGUGGAGGAGACGGAGGGCAAGCUCAACGAGCUGGGCCAGCGCAUCAGCGCCAUCGAGAAGGCCCAGCUGCAGUCGCUGGAGCUCAUCCAGGGCGAGCCGCUCACCAAAGACAAGAUCGAGGAGCUGAAGAGGAGCCGUGAGGAGCAGGUGCAGAAGAAGAAGAAGAUCCUCAAGGAGCUGCAGAAGGUGGAGCGCCAGCUGCAGCUUAAGACUCAGCAGCAGUUCACCAAAGAGUACAUGGAGGCCAAGGGCCUGAAGGAGGACCUGGCGCUUCCUACCCAGCCGUCGGGGGCCUCGGGGGUGGGCAACCCCCUACCCCUGCCUUUGGCGUCGCUGGGCUCCAACACAGACGGUGAAGGCAGCCACGAAGACGACGACCAGCCGGUCCUGGAGGAGGACGAGGAGGAGGAGGAGGAUGACGACGAUGAGGAUGACGAGGAUGACGACGAGGGGGAUGAGGAGGAUGAUGAGGACGAGAGCGAGGAUUUCGCCAAACUGCCGCAGGUCAACACCAUCCUGCACCAUCCUCCACCUCCGCCUCCACAGACUCCCCUAGCCCAGUGUCCCCCGCCCCCUCUACAGGCCGGUUUCAUGCCCAUCCAGCCUCUGCCCGCACAGCAGUCCACGGACUUCAGCGGUGCUGACUACCCCGGCAGUACCAGCCCUGACCUGCAGAGGGUGCUGGUGAGCCAGCAGAUGCUGGGCCAGCAGCUCACAGGACUGGGGCCCGGUCUACUCAGCCAGGCUCCCGACGGCCUCAUGGUGGCCACGCCCGCACAGACGCUUACCGACACGCUGGAUGACAUCAUGAUGGCCGUGAGCAGCAGAGUGCCCAUGCUGAACCCCGCAACCUCGCCCAGCCCCCAGCCUUCAGUGCCUGCUGCCGGCGCUGCCGUCUCGCCCCCCUCCAUGUUGCCGCUGUACCCCUCAGUGGACAUCGACGCGCAUACGGAGAGCAACCACGAUACAGCGCUGACCCUGGCCUGUGCCGGCGGCCAUGAGGAGCUGGUGUCAGUGCUGAUUGCACGUGGGGCCAACAUCGAGCACCGGGACAAGAAGGGUUUCACACCCCUCAUCCUGGCAGCCACAGCCGGACACGUGGGCGUCGUGGAGAUCCUCCUGGACAAAGGUGGUGACAUCGAGGCCCAGUCUGAGAGAACCAAAGACACGCCUCUCUCACUGGCCUGCUCUGGGGGCCGGCAGGAGGUGGUGGAGUUGCUGCUGCUCCGCGGGGCCAACAAGGAGCACCGCAACGUGUCCGACUACACGCCGCUCAGCUUGGCUGCAUCAGGAGGCUACGUCAACAUCAUCAAGAUCCUCCUCAAUGCCGGCGCCGAGAUCAAUUCCAGGACCGGCAGCAAGCUGGGGAUCUCGCCGCUGAUGCUGGCGGCCAUGAACGGCCACGUCCCCGCGGUCAAGCUGCUGUUGGACAUGGGCUCGGAUAUCAACGCGCAGAUCGAGACCAACCGUAACACUGCGCUGACCCUCGCCUGCUUCCAGGGCCGCGCCGAGGUGGUCAGCCUGCUGCUGGACCGUAAGGCCAACGUGGAGCACCGUGCCAAGACUGGACUGACCCCCCUCAUGGAGGCGGCGUCGGGGGGCUACGCCGAAGUGGGCCGCGUGCUGCUGGACAAGGGCGCCGACGUGAAUGCCCCCCCCGUGCCUUCAUCACGGGACACCGCACUCACCAUUGCCGCGGACAAGGGCCACUACAAGUUCUGUGAGCUGCUCAUCAACAGGGUGGCUCACAUAGACGUACGCAACAAGAAGGGCAACACCCCUCUGUGGCUGGCAGCCAAUGGCGGCCAUUUUGACGUGGUGCAGCUCCUGGUGCAGGCCGGCGCUGAUGUUGACGCCGCAGAUAACCGCAAGAUCACCCCGCUCAUGGCGGCUUUCCGCAAGGGUCACGUGAAGGUCGUGCAGUACCUGGUGAAGGAGGUCAACCAGUUUCCCUCUGACAUUGAGUGCAUGAGAUACAUUGCCACCAUUGCAGAUAAGGAGCUUCUGAAGAAGUGUCACCAGUGCAUGGAGACCAUCGUCAAAGCCAAGGACCAGCAGGCGGCCGAGGCCAACAAGAACGCUAGCAUCCUGCUCAAGGAGCUGGACCUGGAGAAGUCCCGUGAGGAGAGCAAGAAGCAGGCUCUGGCAGCCAAGCGGGAGAAGCGUAAGGAGAAGCGGAAGAAGAAGAAGGAGGAGCAGAAGCGAAAGCUGGAGGAGGAGGAGGCCAAGAUCAAGGAGGUGUUUUCGGAACUGCAGGACCACGAGAAGGAUUCCGCUGAAGAGGCCGACGUCCCCAUCGAGCCGCCCAGUGCCACCACCACCACCACCAUCGGCAUUCCCGCGACCUCCACCACCUUCAGCUCAGCCUUCGCUAAGAAGCGGCCCAACGCGGUCAGCACGCCCAGCGCCAGCCGCAAGAGCAAGAAGAACAGGACCAAGGAUGCACCCAGCGAGCCCAUCAUCCUGCAGGACCCCCAGGUGGCGCUGGCACAGCAGAAGGCCGACAGGAACAAGAUCCAUGGGGAACCCAGGGGCGGCGGAGUGCCCAGCGGAAACAGCGACUCGGAUAACCUGGACAGCACCGACUGCAACAGUGAGAGCAGCGGAGGUGGGGGCGGCGGCAAGAGCCAGGAGCUGGGCCACCCGCCUGACCCACCGCCCUCCUCCGCAGCCCCCCCCAGCCAUGGGCAGCCCACACCGCUCCCCGAAAAGAGGCAGUUCCCCCCCCUGCACAGCCUGCGCGACGACAAGGUCACCUUGUCCAUCUCCAAACCGCUGCAGAAAACGCCAGACUGCAUCAGUGACUCGAACCCCAGCUCUGCCCCAUCCUCCUUCAAGACCAUUUCACUGCCAGUGUCCUCGCCCAACAGCAAGAUCAACCUCACCAGCCCCAAAAGGAGCCAGAAGAGAGAGGAGGGCUGGAAGGAGGUGGUCCGGAGGUCCAAGAAGCUCUCUGUGCCGGCGUCGGUGGUGUCGCGGAUCAUGGGCAGGGGCGGCUGUAACAUCACGGCCAUCCAGGACGUGACGGGGGCCCACAUCGAUGUGGAUAAGCAGAAGGACAAGAACGGCGAGAGGAUGAUCACCAUCAGGGGCGGAACGGAGUCCACGCGGCACGCCGUGCAGCUCAUCAACGCCCUGAUCCAGGACCCCGCCAAGGAGCUGGAGGACCUCAUCCCCCGUAAUCACAUCCGCACCCCUGGCAGCAACACCAAGAUCAGCUCCACCUUCACCACCUCCACGGGGGCCACCAGCACCACAGCGUCCGGCGCCAAGGGGCUGCCGUCUGUCAUGCCAUCCUCCGGCGUUGCCUUCCAGCCGUCGUCUCCGUCCGCCUCACAGCAGGGGGGAAAGCUGGGGAAGAGCCUGGCCCCGGGGGUGCGCCCCCCCUUCGUCUCACUCCCACUGGCCUACGCCCACCCUCAGUUGGCUCUGCUGGCUGCGCAGACCAUGCACCAGAUCCGGCACCCGCGGCUGCCCGUGGCCCAGUUCGGGGGAACCUUCUCCCCAUCGCCUAACACCUGGGGCCCCUUCCCCGUGCGACCCGUUAGCCCCGGCAGCAACAACGGCUCCCCGAAACACAAUGGUGCGGGCUCUGCCCCCAGACCGGGUGCCGCCCAGCCCGAGUACGCCACGGCCGCCUCCAAUCCCGGCCCCGCCUCUGCCUCGCCUUCCACCGCAGCUCCCCCACCAGCCUGCCUCCCCAACGCCCCCACUCCAUCCACGGCCAGGAAGCAGCUAUUCUCCGAGCCCAAGACGAGCAGCUCCACCAUUGUUACCAGUACGGUCAGCAGCGUGGGGGCCGCUCGGGCUUCAAGCUCGCCCUCCCCCCUGCUCUCCGCUCCCCCUGCGUCCCUGACACCGCCUCCACCCCCUCCCCCCAUAGCCCCACCUACGCAGCAGCUCCCGCAGCCCAAACCGGAGCCUUGCGCGUCCUCGACGCCCGGAAAAGAGAAGCUGCCACUGGAGCAGCCAGCCAAGCCCACCAUGGGCGGAGCCUCUGAAGGAAAUGUUCCUGCUGGCUCACUGGCCUACCCUCCGCCUGCCCCCCUAUCCACGGCGCCACCGCAGCAGGAAGUCCGACAGCCGGCUCCACCCCCUCUGCCUUUUGUCACUGGCGCCGAGCCCACUCUGGCCACCGUCCCUGUGGGCGCUGGCAUGCCCAGCUCGCGGCCCACCCCCACGGUGGCCCAAACCAGUAGCACCGUAGCUCACUUCGCUGCUCCGGCGCCCCAGGUGUCGCCCCGCAUGCAGCCCCCGGCUCCCUUUUACCCACUGGCCCCUGGGGGCGCUCUGCCAGAGCAGCCGUCAGUGUUCGUGGCCCCCGGCACCUCGCAGGAGGGCCUGAAGCAGCAGCAGCAGCCGCCCCCCCAACAGCAGCAGCACGGGCUGGCGGCGCCAGCCAUGCCACCACCCUCGCUGCAGAUGCCCUCCGCCCUCGGCGUGCUCAACGGCUCGCAGAUGCACAUCCACGGCGCCAAGGCCCAGCUGCCGCCCAGCUUUGGGCCCGCCGCCCUCUUCAACCACUUCAGCAGCAUCUUCGACGGCGGACAGGUGGGCAACAGCCAGAUGUGGGGGGCGUGCCACCUGCCGACACGCUCCGCGCCCGAGCAGGCCUACAGCGGCCCUCCCGCCUACAUGGGGGGCAUGGGCCAGAUGGAGAGCGUGCUGCCCCCUCCUGACAGCUCCAAGGCGCCGGGGUACCGCUGCCCCACCCAGAGAAUCGUUCCCAGCCCCAUCGGAAUGCACCCCAUGGACCCUUCGGCCAGCUCCAUCUCCUCCUCAGCUGCGCUGACCAGCUUCGCCACCAGCAUCUCCGGCAGCCCGGUGUUCCUGCAGGGUCGGCAGCACUUCUCUCCCCACCCCUGGAGCGCUUCCACUUCCUGUACGGGGCGGUGGACUGAAAGGGGCCCCCAGCCGGGGUGUGGCGCCGCUUUUCCGCCCGGCACCGCCCCCUUAACCGCCGGCCCUCUGUCUGUCCUCGCCCCUGCAGGCGAGUCUCCGGUGCCCUCAGCAUCCUCAGGGGGCUCCUCCCCACUCUCCGCGUCCACGGUGACCCCGGCUUUAAUCCAGGCUAAGGCUGGCAGCUCGAGCCAGCAAGACCGCAAGGUGCCCCAACCCAUCGGCACAGAGCGGCUGGCCCGUAUCCGGCAGACGGGCUCCGUCAACCCGGCCAUGCUCACCACCAGCUACACGGCCCCCGUCGGACAGGGGGGCAUCUGGUCCUUUGGAGUUGGCAGCGCCUCCGGUGUGUGUGUGGGCCGGAAGGAAGCCAUGUCGGGCUGGUCGCAGCCGCUCGUCAGCAGCCACGUGCUGCACCAGCAGCUCCCGGAACAGUCGGCCUUCUCGCAGCACCAGCCCAUGGAGCGUGACGACACGGGCAUCGUGGCCCCUUCUAACACCUUCCACCAGCCCAUGCCCAGCAGCUUCAUGGACUUCCCCAAGGGGCUGCCGAUGUCAAUGUUUGGUGGGACGAUGAUCCCCCCCCACCCUCCCAUGACUGAAGGGCCGGGGGGCCCCAUGUACAACGGGCUGCACACUGCAGAUCCUGCCUGGAACCCCAUCCUUAAGGUCAUGCCCAACUCCGCAGAGAACUCCGACCCCCAACAGGUCUGGCCUGGUACUUGGGCCCCACACGUCGGCAACGUGCAUCUCAACCACGUCAACUAGGCAACGAGGCGAUCAAGACAUAGGACCAGUAAACAAAACUAUUUCUAGAGAACAAUAAAAGUACCGUUAAAAGAUGUUAACCUAACGGUGUCCUACAAAUAAGAAAUUGGAUGGCGGACACACUAUUUGACGUGCCUAACGAAAAAAAAGAGAAAAAGAAUUCAGUGUGGGCUUUAACUUGUUUACCACUGUUUAUGGACAGAUCAGUUGCCUGUUCAACAGGAUACAUUCUCUGCGUAGUAUAGCCAUUUUGACUUUAAAAACCACCUGUUCUUGAUCUGCAGGGCUUAACCGGGCCUGUAAGCCGCUCUUGACCAAGAACUAGAUGAUUACCGAACGAUAAAUCAGACCUUUUAGAGUGGUAAAUACAUGUAUAAUUGUUUACAUACUAAAAAGGGUUAAAAUGAGAGUAAAUUUCAUGUCGUAUAGUGGCUCUACUUUGUAGCCUGUAUUAAUGUGAAAUAUUUACCUUAAUAUUCAAUAAAAAGAUGGAACUGUA